GUAGGCUCAUUGUAUUCAAAUCAAGUAUAUUUAAUGAAUUUUAACACAGUAUCAAGUUUUUAUUUAGAUCCUUUAAUUAGGUUUUUACACAAAUGCAUACAUGCGUAAGUAUAUGCUUUAUCAUCAUCAUAUCUUUAAGAUUUGAGAAUGGCUAGUUUUUGUCUUUGACAAAAAUCACUGCUGUACGAGUACAGUCCAUGGAUAGUAAAAAAAAUCAACAUGCUGUAUAUUGACAGCUGUUCCUCAUUGUCAACAUUGUGCUGUCACCGGUAGCUGUGUCAAUUACUGUCAAUAUCAAUGAUGCGGUGGAGGCUGAGAUUAGCAUGCCGUGUUUAAAUUGUACACAUAAUUUUAGUAUCGUAUGAGCACUGAUGAAAAUACUAAAUCAUGGGUGAGAUAAACAAGAGGCAAAAUGAUUGGGAUUCGGCAAAAGUUUCUCGUGAUCCGAUAAAAACGCUGGAGGACAAGUGGAAAUUAGUACCAUCCUUUUUACAAGUGAAAGGAUUAGUAAAACAGCAUAUUGAUUCAUUUAAUUAUUUUAUUAAUGUAGAAAUAAAGAAAAUUGUCCAAGCUAAUGAAAAAGUAUUUUGUGAUGCUGACCCAUUAUUUUACAUAAAAUACUUGAAUGCUUAUGUUGGGACACCGGAUUUAGAAGAAGGGUACAAUGUCACUAAACCAACUACUCCACAUGAGUGCAGACUCCGGGACAUGACAUACUCUGCACCAAUCACAGUGGACAUAGAAUACAUAAGAGGCAAUCAGAGGGUCAUAAAGAAUAAACAGUUAAUUGGAAGGAUGCCAUUGAUGUUGAGAUCUUCAAAUUGUGUGCUUACUAAUAAAUCCGAUUUUGAAUUAGCACAACUUAAUGAGUGUCCACAUGAUCCUGGUGGUUAUUUUAUCAUUAGAGGUCAAGAGAAAGUGAUUUUAAUUCAAGAACAGCUGUCCAGGAACCGUAUGAUUGUUGAUGAGUUCAAAGGAGCAAUUCAAUGUCAAGUUACUAGUUCAACACAUGAAAAGAAAACUAGAACUAACGUUAUUGUAAAAAAUGGAAAAUAUGUGUUGAGACACAAUGCCUUGUCUGAUGAUAUCCCCAUUGCAGUGGCAUUCAAAGCAAUGGGCAUCUGCAGUGACCAAGAAAUUAUGCAACUGAUUGGCACUGACGACACGUCAUUGAAAAAGAUGGCACCUUGUAUAAUGGAAUGUCAUAAUUUAAAAAUAUUUACUCAAAAUCAAGCUCUUUCUUAUAUUGGGGGCAAACUUAAAGUUAAAAGGUUUCAAUCAGGAUCUGCUAAAGCUCGUACUCCUGUGGACGAGGCUCGGGAUUUAUUAGCUACGACAAUUUUAGCUCAUGUUACUGUAGAAAACUAUAAUUUCUACGUUAAAGCUAUAUACCUCGCUAUAAUGGUGAAAAGAGUCAUUGAAGCUGAGACAAACAAAGCUGCUAUAGAUGAUCCUGACUAUUAUGGAAACAAAAGACUUGAGUUAGCCGGUUCCUUACUUGCUUUAAUGUUUGAAGACUUGUUCAAAAGAUUCAACUGGGAAUUAAAAUCAAUAGCAGAUAAAAUAAUACCUAAAGUCAAAGCAGCACCAUUUGAUGUUGUUAAGCAUAUGAGACCUGAUUUGAUUGCAAAUGGAUUGUUCGCUGCUAUUUCUUCUGGUAACUGGACAAUCAAAAGAUUUAAAAUGGAGAGGCAUGGCGUCACUCAAGUUUUGAGUCGUCUUAGUUACAUAUCAGCGUUGGGUAUGAUGACCAGGGUGAACUCUCAGUUUGAAAAGACUAGAAAAGUUUCGGGUCCUCGUUCCUUGCAGCCGUCACAGUGGGGUAUGUUGUGUCCAUCUGACACGCCUGAAGGUGAAGCCUGCGGUUUAGUGAAGAACUUAGCGCUGAUGACGCAUAUCACAACGGAGUGUUCCGAAGAACCCAUAGCUAGGUUAGCCCGUAAUGCCGGCGUUGAGGACGUUAGACUGUUAGGAGGCGAGGAAAUCAAUCAUCCAGCUGUCUAUAUGGUGUUUCUUAAUGGUAACAUAUUAGGUGUUUCAAGACAGUACAAAAGGCUCAUUAAAGUUUUUAGAAUGUUCCGAAGACGCGGACUGAUAUCGGCAUUCGUUUCAAUUUACCCUAAUCACAAUCAAAGAACUGUCUACAUAUGCAGUGAUGGUGGUAGACUUUGUAGACCGUAUAUCAUUGUUGAAAAAGGAAACCCGCUAGUACAGCAAUCUCAUAUAAAUGAACUAAAUAGGGGAAUCAGAAAAUUCCAAGACUUUUUGAAUGACGGUCUUAUUGAGUACUUAGAUGUGAAUGAAGAGAACGACAGUCAUAUAGCGGCAGUGGAACAAGACAUAGAUCCAUAUGUCACCACACAUUUAGAAAUCGAGCCAUUUACUAUUCUUGGUGUCUGUGCCGGUCUAGUCCCGUACCCGCAUCACAAUCAGAGUCCUAGGAAUACAUACCAAUGUGCUAUGGGUAAACAAGCAAUGGGCACAAUUGGUUAUAAUCAGAAAAAUCGUAUAGACACAUUAAUGUAUAAUUUGGUGUAUCCGCAAUGUCCAAUGGUUAAGACAAGAACAAUAGAGUUGACUAAUUUUGAUAAACUACCAGCUGGACAGAACGCCACUGUCGCGGUCAUGAGCUACAGUGGAUACGAUAUUGAGGACGCGUUGAUACUCAACAGAGCGUCUAUAGACCGCGGGUAUGGCCGGUGUCUUAUUUAUAAAAGUGCCAAAACUACAAUGAAGAGGUAUAGCAAUCAAACCUCUGAUAGAAUUUUGGGGCCAUCUAGAGAUGCGACUACAGGAAAAGUUAUUAGAGCACAUGAAGUUCUUGACACAGAUGGUAUAGCUGCACCUGGCGAAAUGGUGGAAAAUAGACAAGUGUUAAUAAACAAGCAGAUGCCGCCAGCGACAUUGAACCCUGUGACCCAAGGCCAGCCUCAGCAAGUGGACUACAAGGAUGUGCCUAUCACAUAUAAGGGACCUGUCGAAUCCUACAUAGAAAAAGUAAUGGUGUCUUCAAACUCGGAGGAUGCUUUUCUUAUUAAAAUAUUGCUCCGUCAGACACGUGUUCCGGAAAUAGGAGACAAAUUUAGUUCCCGUCACGGUCAGAAAGGUGUGACGGGUUUAAUUGUACAGCAAGAAGAUAUGCCCUUUAACGACAGAGGCAUUUGUCCCGAUAUGAUCAUGAACCCUCAUGGUUUUCCAUCUAGAAUGACAGUAGGAAAAACUAUCGAAUUGUUGGCGGGUAAAGCUGGGUUGAUGGAAGGGAAAUUUCAUUACGGAACGGCGUUUGGUGGUUCAAAGGUUCGUGAUGUUUGCCAGGAACUUGAGAAACAUGGCUAUAACUAUCAUGGCAAAGAUAUAUUUUAUUCUGGAGUCACGGGAGAAACAUUGGAGGCUUAUAUUUAUUCGGGUCCUGUGUACUAUCAAAAGCUGAAACAUAUGGUGCAAGAUAAAAUGCACGCCAGAGCCCGCGGUCCACGUGCAGUUCUCACACGUCAGCCAACGGAAGGACGAUCUCGAGACGGUGGUCUGCGUCUUGGGGAAAUGGAACGUGAUUGCCUCAUUGGCUAUGGUGCAAGUAUGUUGCUGAUGGAACGUCUGAUGCUGGCGUCGGACGCGUUCAGCGCGGAUAUAUGCGGUGCGUGUGGCCGUCUGGCCAGUCGUGCCUGGUGCCACGCCUGUCACUCCUCGGCCGCAGUCUCCAGCGUCGAAAUGCCCUAUGCCUGCAAGCUUCUCUUCCAAGAGCUAGCCUCCAUGAAUAUUGUGCCUAAGCUUACUCUCAAGAAAUAUUGUUAGUUUACUUAGCUUUACCUGUGCGAUUGUUAUUUGUUUAAUACUAUCAAAGAUAUGUAAGGCCCACUUAAUAAAAAAA